AUGAUUAACGCAGUGCUUGUAUUCAACAACAGUGGUCAACCAAGACUAACAAAGUUCUAUACUCAGCUGGACACGCAAACCCAACAGUCCCUCAUAUCACAGAUAUACACUCUUGUAUCGCAGCGUCCGGCUUCAGCGUGCAAUUUUCUUCCACUACCCCCGUUACUUUCACAAGGCGCGAGCACCAGCUCUUCAGGCAGCCACUCCGAUGCACCCACCCAAAUCACAUACCGAACCUACGCUACACUCUCUUUUAUCUUGAUAUCUACAUCGACAGAGUCUCCUCUCGCGCUGAUAGACUUGAUCCAAGUUUUUGUUGAAGCCCUAGACCGUCUCUUUGAGAAUGUUUGCGAACUUGACCUUAUCUUCGGCUACGAGACGAUGCAUGCAGUUUUGGGAGAGAUGAUUGUUGGUGGCGUGGUGAUAGAAACGAACCUCGAGCGGAUAGUCCAAGGGGCUAGAGCGCUAGAGGGACCACGAGGAAAGAGAAAGGUCGUUGAUAGUGCUAGCUCUGCUAUUGGACGGUCAGGAAUUCCCGGUUUAGGAGUUCCUUGGAGGUGA